CGUGUCGACCAAUGCCAGAGCGUUACUGAGGAUAGUCAGUUGCAACACCAUUGGCCGCUGGUACGUAUAAAAUGGUCUGAUGAACAGGUAAAAGGCACGAGUCCUGUUUUAGCAGUACAAGCAAGAUAACCUAACCAAGAUGAUGAAACUUAUUGUUGUUCUCGCCGCGCUAGUCGCCAUCUCUGCUGCCAAGCCUGCCUUGGUGGAAGCACCUUUAGUGGCUGCGGCCCCAGCAGCAGUUGUCACUGCCACCAGCUCGCAGUACUUCCACCGCGUCAACAAUGGACUAGCCGCCUACGUCGCUUCUCCUGCCGCCUACGUCGCUUCUCCUGCCGCCUACGUCGCUUCUGCUGCUGCGCCCUACGUAGCUGCGCCUUACGUCGCUUCUCCCUACGCAGCUUCAGCCCCUCUCGUUGCCGUUUAAACCAACUGACCUUGCUCUGUGAUUCCCUUAUGUGAUAUCAAUAUGACAAUUGUUGCAAAAUUAAAGAUGUUUUGAAGAGUUA